AUGUUGUGCGCCAAUUCUAUUGCCUGGUUUAGGCCUCGCAAUGCUUUUCUUACUCUCCUUCAUAUCACUCUUGCAACUUUGUCAUUUCCUGCUCCAUCUCCUGCUGUCAAAUUGCCCAUUAGCCAGCGACUCCCUGCGAGUCCCGGAUACCAAGGCAGAUCUAGUGCUUGUCCAACCCGAUGUGCUAUAUCGGGACCUAACCCUGCGAAUUGGUCUAUGUACCACAACUUCGACCAAAUCUCCUCGUGCCAAGAGUCACUCUUCUACUCCUUCCCUUUCCUCGAUCCCGUUGAUGAUGCCGAUGCCUUUCAUCGCAUCUAUACUUGCACGUCUUUUGGCCCGGACGGGGGAAACCUGCCUGCAAACGCAUCGAGUCUAGACUCACAGUCGUCAGGAGCCCCAAGUCCCGUGAAUGGCACAUAUCAGAUUGGAUCCUGGCCUUCUGCUCCAGGUUUUUAUGUGUCUUCUUCUCUGGUUCCACUCGUUAAUCAGUUCCGUCAGUAUCUGACCAAUGGAUUCGGUUCCGUAAACCGUCCAACCAUUCUCUUUGCCAGCUUUGGCUCCACCUCGAUCGGACUUUACAUCGGUCAAGGCUUACAGAACCAACAUAUUGCAUACAAUGCGCUUGCUUAUUUGCAAGGCUAUAUUGCUACAUCGAGUGCUAGUCAUGCCGCUGCUGUGGCCAUGCAAUUCUGCCAGCCUGACCAGACUUCUCAUCACACCUUCGGCUUGAUUGCGACUGGCAACGGAACAUUCACUGCCAUCAUCACCAACUCCACCUCGACUCAUGCCAGCGCGACCUCUGUUCGCAGGGCUCUCGCACCUCGGACUACAUGUUCCACCGUCCAGGUCGUGUCCAGUGAUAGCUGUGGCUCUUUGGCUGUAUCUUGUGGCAUCACUGCAGCCGAGUUCACUGAAUAUAACUCCGCAACAGACGAGUGCUCUACCCUGCAGGUGGGUGAGCACGUUUGCUGUUCAGCCGGUACAUUGCCGGACUUUGCUCCUCAGCCGCAAGCCGAUGGCACUUGUGCGACCUAUACCAUCCAGGCAAAUGACAACUGUGCCACAAUUGCUGCUGCAUAUAGCCUCACGGGGGAUGAAAUUGAAGACUAUAACACCGACACCUGGGCUUGGAAUGGGUGCAGUCUCCUCUACCCCGGUAAUAUCAUUUACCUGAGCACUGAAGAUGCACCAAUGCCCGCCGCUUGCGGUACUACAUCGGAUUUUUGCACCAAUACCGGCACUGGUGCCCCUGGAACCGCGGCCAAUGGUACCAACGGUUUUAUCUCCAACUGCGGUACAAAUAUCGUACUAAGUAGUCCGCCUGCCACAUACAGAAGUAUUGGUCACUACGAAGGAUACAACUUGGAGAGACCUUGUCUCUACCAAGACGUCUUUCAGCUUGACGUCUCCUCUUACACACACAUAUAUUAUGCUUGUGGUUUGCUCUCUUCAUCCUAUGUGGUCCAAAUCCCUAACGCUACAGUCGACACCAUGUACGAGUUCGACUUGUUGAAACAGCUUGUAGGCACAUCGCGUAUCCUGUCAAUUGGUGGCUGGUAUUUCUCCACUGACCCGGGCACUUAUAUGAUUUUCCGUGAUGGUGUCACUACUGCCAAUCGUUUGACCAUGGCUACCAAUAUUGCCGACUUCAUCAACGAUAAUGACCUCGAUGGCGUAAAUAUUGACUGGGAGUAUCCUGGUAUUACUAGUAAAUUCCCCUUUCUACGAGCAACUGCCUACAAGGGUCUAGCUAUGGGCGGUACGACCGAUUGGGCUACCGACUUGCAAGAGUACAAUGAUGCACCUUUCACCUCCACCAGCUGGAAUGGCUUCAUUGGCAGUGUCCUCCUGGAAGUAGAUCCUUAUGAAGAGGGCAAACGAACAGGCAAUUGGACUACUCUCACUUGUAUUGGUCCUGCUAUACAAGAUGAUCUGUUCAUUUCAUCCGCGCAGCAAUGGUCAGAACUGGACGCUUCUAACGCUUCGUCAGACACCAUUAAUGUCUGGAAGACUAUCGAUGAGCCGAAACUUGGAAGUACCGAGAGCGAUUUCUGUGAAUCCCUCAUGUUCACUUGGCAUCUCAGUAGCUCGAUUAACUGUGGAAAAAGAAAUGGCGAGUGCGACACCAAAGAGUGCGCGGACUUUGAAGGCUUCGACGCUAUCACUGAAGCCGCUGCAUUAUACAUCGACGACCAGCUCGAUGAAUUUGAGGACACUUUCGCUCCGGUGCCUCCGGCUCCCAGUGACGAGUGGUUAGUGAUCUUCAUCUCCAUGGUAGGUCUCGGUCUCACUGCGGUCGCUGCGCCAUUCUUCGAUGGAGUUUUCGGAGCUCUACCGGCUCUUGUUGCUUUGGGAGAUGAGGGCGCUCAAACCGCCCAAGAUAUCACCUAUGCCACCAUCGCGUUCGGAGCCUCUGAUACUUCCGCUGCACUCCCUGACGAUGCCCCUGGUACAUGGACAGCGGCAGCUCAAAAGAACUUCACUGCCACUAUAGGCUCUGUAAUGGCAGGCUGGAGUUCAACCUCCGAUAAUGCACUCUGGUGUUUGUUCAAUGGCACUGACACCUCCAUCACUCAGUUGACCACCAUUAUUGCCAAUGGUAAUUUCGUCCCGAGCGGUGUCAAUGGAUCAUCAUCAACCAUCAGUUCCACUACAGACAAGCAAACAACCUCCGCCGUCGCGGGUUUCAUCAGCAAAGCUCUCUUCGGGUUCGCUAUUCCGGCCGUGUGGGACGUCGUAGGUACUCCCGCCUUCAUCAUUGACUCGGGCUAUCCAUGCAGCGCACAGAACCCACUGUCCGACUACAUGACCGCCGACACCUAG